UCGUUCUGCAAAGCUUAGCGUAAAAGCAACCAAUAGCGGUAAAACAAAAUCGAAAGAGUUUAAUAAAAAAAACAAAAGUGUAAUAAAAUAAAUAAUUUAACAACAUGCAAUUCAACAAUCGUUUAAUUUUGAAAAUUAUUGAAUUGGUCAUUGCCAUUGUCUGCAUUAUCUUGUGGGAAACCAAUGGUAAAUUCUCCGAGAAUGCCUUGAUUGUCUGCGGUACCAUGGGUGGUUUCACCAUUAUCUGUGGUGUUCUCUUGCUGGGACACAUUAUCAAUUCUAUGGUGGAAAAACGCUUAAACGGUUUGUUCUCCAUUAUCGGCUGUGUAUUGUUCGUCAUCUCCGGCGCCUUGAUCAUUGAUCAAUGGCACGAUAAAUCUGAUCUGUUGUUCAAAGAGAGCAAACGUAAUGGUUUGGCUGCCGGCUCUUUGAUGAUCAUUAAUGGUGCUGUCUUCUUAAUGGACACUAUUUCCAUUUUCAGAACCCGCGCUGAAAUACCUGUCAUUAAGGAAGUCAGUAAAAAUAAAUUGGAAAUAAAUCGCUACUGAGUACUCUAGGUUGCCUUCAUUUGGACUGCUGAGCAAAAUAUUUUCUAAUUUAUUUAUAAAAUGUCUUUAAUUUGUAUGUUCAACAUUAGUUUUAUGUUUUAAUUUUACUUUAUGUUCAUAGAUUUGUAGUUUUAAGUCAAACGAAGUGUGAUAUUUUAAUUUUAAUUAUUAGUUUUUAUUUAUUUAUAGUUUAUAAUUUGAAAGUAUUUAAAUUAGCCAAUAAAUGUAUUCAUGAUAUUGAAACUGUUAACUAAA